ACGUCACUUUGGUAUCACAUGAACGAGAAGGGACCAAUCCAAGUGGCUCUAUCGAAGUGCUUCGGUUCUUUCACGAAGAUAGAAGAAAAAGACAGUAAAAAGGAACCAUGCCACUGACCGUUUAAAGACCAAGAAACACGUCGCCUUUGGAUUUGGGUGUUUUCUAUCAAAGCUACGUGACUUGUAUGAGUUCAAUCUGUGGAAGAUGUUAUCUGGACUGGAGCUGGCAGAAUGGACAUGGCCCGAACAUAUUGAGUAGCUCGUUGGGGGUGCUAAACGCGGACAGGAUAGACAUUACAGUGGCAAUGGUGUGGAUAUAGGAUUAUUUGCCUAUCCAAUAACUGCUCCUUUACUUUUCCGUUCUGAAAUACCCCCAUCAAAGACUCGUUCAUGGCUUUUCUAUCAGUGGCUCCGCCGUGUCUGUUUUUCGCCCACAACACUCUUUUAACAAUUGAGGUCGUAUCGCGGUAGCUUUGCUCCCAAGGUUUACAAUCCAAUUGGCUUUUCUUUUGAAAUAUAUAUAUUUAAACUAAUAUUAGAUAGGCCUACAUUGUUACCUAUAGGAUCUUUUUGCGACUAGUUGAAUAUGGAUUUUAACAGCAGCGGCGGGGGUAACGAGCUACAUAAUAAACAAUUCUAUCAAUCUGAGGAGAGCAAGCCUUUGCUGGGGGAGAUGUCUGCGCCGACGCCACCGGAGGGGAAUAAUAUUAAGUUAGGCGCCGGGCCGUGCAAGAGAACCCUUCUCCAUUGCAGCAGUGGGAUGCGAUAUAAACUACUACAGGAGGGGGACAUCCAGGUGUGUGUGGUCAAACACCCUCGGACCUUCCUCAGCAAAAUUCUAACCUCAAAAUUCUUACGGAGAUGGGAACCGCACCACCUCACCUUGACAGACUGCAGCCUGGCGUCUGCGACGCCCACGGGGUACAUGGAGGCUGCCCUGUCCUACAGUACCAUAGAGGACCUGCAGCUGCUCUCCUGGGAUAAUGCCCCCAAAUAUUGUGUGCAGCUCAGCUUCCCCGGGGGCACCGUCCUCCUGCAGGCAGCCAACAGCUAUCUGCGGGACCAGUGGUUUCAUUCCCUGCAGUGGAAGAAAAAGAUCUAUAAGUACCGUAAGGUUCUGAACAACCCGAGUCGCUGGGAGGUGGUUCUGAAGGAGAUCAGAUCACUGGUGGACAUGGCCUUGACCUCUCCCCUGCAGGACGAGUCCAUUCACCAGGCCCCGCUGCAAAUCAUCUCCACCCUGCUGGCCGAGAACACCAACCUCAGCUCUCAGGACCAUGAGAACAUAAUUGUGGCCAUUGCUCCUCUCCUGGAAAAGAACCACCCUCCACCGGACCUGUGUGAGUUCUUCUGUAAGCACUGUCGGGAGCGUCCGCGGUCGAUGGUUGUGAUUGAAGUGUUCACCCCUGUGGUCCAGAGAAUCCUCAAACACAACAUGGACUUUGGGAAAUGCCCCAGACUGCGUCUCUUCACUCAAGAGUACAUCUUAGCUCUAAAUGAGCUCAACGCUGGGAUGGAGGUCGUAAAGAAAUUCAUUCACAGCAUGCAUGGUCCCUCCGGGCAAUGCCCUCACCCCCGCGUCCUGCCCAACCUGGUGGCAGUGUGCCUGGCUGCCAUCUACUCCUGCUACGAGGAGUUAAUCAACAGCCGGGACAACUCCCCAAGUCUGAAGGAGAUCAGGAACGGCUGCCAGCAACAGAAUGAGCGUAAACCCCCUGCCCCUCCGCCUGCUUCGCCCAGAGCCCCCACACCUCCACCAACAUCCCUGCUGCCCCUCUCCCCCCCCUCAGCUCCCCUCUCCCCUUCCCCCACACUGCCCCUCUCUCCCCCGCCCUCCAUCGUCAACUCCAGUGAGAUCCUGGUGGAGUUGGAACGCAACAACAACACUGCCAACGCCAGGCGGAAGGGCCCAGCGGGAAGCGACAGUGAGCCCAACCUGAUCGACUGUUUGCUGGUCAGCCCCGCCCUCAACGCCCUGUCAAUCCAGCUGCCUGCCCAGGCCGACCGCGUGUUGGGCUGCUUCGCACUCAUCCUCAAAAUGCUGUCUGACUACGAUGACUGGAGACCAGCCCUGGCCAGUCUGCUGCAGCCCAUCCCCUUCCCCAAAGAGGCCCUUGCACAUGCCAAGUUCACAAAAGAGCUGAAAUAUGUUAUUCAGAGGUUUGCAGAAGACCCCAGACAGGAAGUCCACUCCUGUCUGCUCAGUGUGCGCUCUGGAAAGGACGGUUGGUUCCAGCUCUACAGUCCAGGGGGUGUGGCCUGUGAUGAUGAUGGGGAGCUCUUUGCCAGCAUGGUCCACAUCCUUAUGGGUUCCUGCUACAAAACGAAGAAGUUCCUCCUGUCCCUGGCUGAAAACAAGCUUGGACCCUGCAUGCUCCUGGCUCUGCGUGGGAACCAAACCAUGGUUGAGAUCCUGUGUCUGAUGCUGGAGUACAACAUCAUGGAGAACAAGGACACCCAGCUGCAGAUCAUCUCCACCCUGGAGAGCACUCCGGUGGGCCUUCACAUGUACGAGCAGCUGUGUGACAGGCAGAGGGAGCUCAAAGAGCUGCAAAGAAAAGGAGGCCCAACCCGACUUACUCUGCCCUCCAAGUCUACGGAUGCAGACCUUGCAAGGCUACUGAGCUCUGGCUCCUUUGGGAACCUGGAGAACCUGAGUCUUGCCUUUACCAACGUCACCAGUGCCUGUGCUGAACAGCUCAUCAAGCUGCCCUCUCUCAAACAGCUCAACCUGUGGUCCACCCAGUUUGGAGAUACAGGAUUGCGGUUGCUGUCUGAACACUUGGCGUGUCUGCAGGUGUUGAAUCUGUGUGAGACACCCGUGACCGACGCCGGCCUGCUGUCCCUCAGCUCCAUGAAGAGCCUGUGCAGUUUGAACAUGAACAGCACCAAGCUCACAGCAGACACAUAUGAUGACUUAAAGGCAAAACUACCCAAUCUGAAGGAGGUUGAUGUCCGCUACACCGAGGCCUGGUGAACACAUCUUGUAUGACAUCACUAGAACACCAACUCCCACAUCAUCCAAACAUCAUCGGAACACAUAGCCUCUCUUACAUCAACAAUAAGAGGAUCCUCUCCCAUCUCUAGAUGAGGACACUUUUAUCUGGAGAUGACAUCAAAACGCCACGACCUCUCUAGUAACAUGUCCAUGGAAAAUUACUAUCUUUCUAGUGACAUCAUCAAAAUACAAGGACCUGUUCUUUCUUGUGAAAUCAACAUACAAGGACCUCCUUUUUAGUGACAUCAUCAAAAUGCAAGGACCCACUUUCUUGUGACAUAAGGGACCCUCUCUUGCUCUCAUUCUCUCUCAUGUGUUGUUGCUCACUCAGUCCCUGUCCACAUCCUAUUUGCCCUCAAUAGACUCAUCAUAGAUUUCCUCUGUGUUGUGUCAUAUGUACACAGAACAAAGUUAACAAAUGGUGGAUCUUGCCCCUUUCCCCCCUCUCCCUCUCCUGCUCUCUCUAAGGACCUUUGAGUUUAAAUUACCUCUCUUCCCUCCAUUUACUGGGAGCUAUUCUACCCUUGUCUGAUGAAGGCUGGAUAACCAAGUCACAUUCCAGUACAUUUUUUUGAUAUUGCCUCUAGUCAAUCCAAAUGUAGCUUUAAAAGACUAUUCAACUGUCAUUUUGGUCUUGUUGUUUUGUUUGGGUUCUUUCAGGUUAAGAGUCGGGCCUUUCCAGUCCUUCAUUGGGAAUGAGGUGCUACCUCAAAAAAAUAAAAGUUGCAAGACUGUGCCUAAUGCCUUGUAUAACACGUUCACUCUCAAUCAAUUUUUAUCAACUUGAAUGAACGUAUUUUUCCAGAUAUCUCUGCUUUCACAUAUUGUUUAUAUAUAGAUAUAUCACACACACACACACACACACACAGUACCAGGCAAAAGUUUGGACUCACCUACUCUUUCAAGGCUUUUUCUUUAUUUUUACUAUUGUCUACAUUGUAGAGUAAUAGUGAAGACAUAAAAAUGAUGAAAUAACACAUAUGGAAUCAUGUAGUAACCAAAAAAUAUUUUUUUGAUUUCUUCAAAGUAGCCACCCUUUGCCUUGACAGCUUUGCAAUCUUGGCACUCUCUCAACCAGCUUCACCUGGAAUUAUUUUCCAACAGUCUUGAAGGAAUUCCCACAUAUACUGAGCAUUUGUUGGCUGCUUUUCGUUCACUCUGCAGUCCAACUCAUCCUAAACCAUAUCAAUUGGGUUCAGGCCGGGUGAUUGUGGAGGCCAGGUCAUCUGAUGCAGCACUGCCAUCACUCUCCUUCUUGGUCAAAUAGCCCUUACACAGCCUGGAGGUGAGUUGCGUCGAUCUCCUGUUGUAAAACAAAUGAUAGCCCCACUAACUGCAAACCAGAUGGGAUGGGGUAUCGCUGAAGAAUGCUGUGGUAGCCAUGCUGGUUAAGUGUGCCUUGAAUUUUAAAUAAAUCACUGACAGUGUCACCAGCAAAGCACCAUCGCACCUCCUCCUCCAUGCAUCACGGUGGGAACCACACAUGCGGAGAUCAUCUGUUCACCUACUCUGCGUCUCACAAAGACACGGCGGUUGCAACCACAAAUCUCAAAUUUGGACUCAUCAGACCAAGGGACAGAUUUCCACCGGUCUAAUGUCCGUUGCUCGUGUUUCUUGGCCCAAGCAAGUGUCUUCUUAUUGGUGUCCUUUAGUAGUGGUUUCUUUGUAGCAAUUUGACCACGAAGGCCUGAUUCACGCAGUCUCCUCUGAACAGUUGAUGUUGAGAUGUGUCUGUUACUUGAACUCUGAUACAUUUAUUUGGGCUGCAAUUUCUGUGGUUGGUAACUCUAAUUAAUUUGUCCUCUGCAGCAGAGGUAACUCUGGGUCUUCCUUUCCUGUGGCGGUCCUCAUGAGAGCCAGUUUCAUCACAGCGCUUGAUGGUUUUUGCGACUGCUCUUGAAGAAACUUUCAAAGUUCUUGAAAUUCUCUGUAUUGAUUGACCUUCAUAUCUUAAAGUAAUGAUGGACUGUCUUUUCUCUUUGCUGACUUGCCAUAAUAUGGACUUGGUCUAUCUUCUGUAUACCACCCCUACCUUGUCACAACACAACUGAUUGGCUCAAACGUAUUAAGCGUGUGCAAAGCUGUCAAGGUAAAUGGUGGCUACUUUCAAGAAUCUAAAAAAUAUUUUGAUUUGUUCAACACUUUUUUGGUUACUACAUGAUUCCAUAUGUGUUAUUUCAUAGUUUUGAUGUCUUCACUAUUAUUCUACAAUGUAGAAAAUAGUAAAAAUAAAGAAAAACCUUUGAAUGAGUAGGUGUGUCAACUUCUGACUGGUACUGUGUGUAUGUAUGUAUGUUUUAUUUAUAUAUAUAUAUAUUCCCUGUUGACAUUUUAAAAGCAGACAUUUCAGGAGCUCUGCUCUGCGGUUGCAACAUCCAUUUAAAGGAAAACAUGUUUGUACAUAACUCCCAUAUUUAAUAGAAUGGUUGUGCAGUAGGUGGUCUGAGACUGCCUUGUAUUUAUGAUUUCUCUCUUCAUAUCCCGUUUUUCUGCCUCCCCUAAUUUUGUCAUAUACCUUUUUUUCACUUUCUAGGCAAUUUAUCCAUAAUCCAUGUUGUGGCUUCGACAGAGGCCCCAUGUACACCUUGCAUCAACCUCUCAAUGUUGCCUUUUUGGCAUGAUGGGGGCAUGUUUUUAUAGAGAUGAAUAUUAGACACUUUUUGCUAGUGGAUGUAGAUAUACAGGCCAUGGUCAUCCUUAAUGGGAUAGGAAUAUUUUGUCAUUGUCAGGAGUGAAGAGGCUCUGUAGAGGCAACAGCAUGGUGUGUAGAUGACCCUGAUAAAAAAAAAGGGGCACAUUAAAUGCCCAAAGUGUCUAGACUAAGAUUUUAAUUCACAAUUGUUUGUCAUACUGUACUUCAAAAAAGAAACUAUUGCAUCAAACAUCAGUACUGUCUGAAACGUGACAUAACGGUGGAUUCUAAUGUGCUAAUCAUUCAUUCACAGAACCACAUUUCUCUCUACUCCCCAUCAAGCAUGGAGAGAGGGCACUGUUUGGAGCAUCCUCACCCAUGAAAGUAGUACAUGUUUCUCGGUUAAAAUGUUUUGCAUUCAAUCUUUAUUUGAAAUCCUAAGAACACUUUCUGUUUACAUGGGCAUACUGUGGACAAGUCCUUUUUUUUUUUAAACCACCUGUUUUGAAUUGAUUUGCCAUAUUGUUACCAAGGAAUGUUAUUUCAGCAUUCAGGUAUGUGACUUUGCCCACACAAACAGCAGAACAGUGUUGUCCUCUGUCGCUUCUCUUCUGCUGUAGGUGGCUUUGAUCAAUCUGUCCCUUCUCUGUGCCCUUUCAGGGUGUCUUACACAAUCAGAUCGUUCUUUUGACUGCCCUACUCUGGUCCCAUCCACUUCUUGUUUUUUCAGAAUUCUCUAGAAUUCUGUUCAGUUUUGGCAGAACUUAAAGAACACAGAGUUGGACACCGUCCAAUAAGAGUUCAAUGCUAUGUUUAUUUUGAGUGCCAUUACGGUUACUGGCACUACAUUUCAUUGUGUAUGGGCAUCUUUGGUCUGGCUUAGGACCUCAUGCUGUCACUUCCUGUAUAGUGUAUGUAUGUGUGUGUGUAUAAUAUAUAUAUAUAUAUAUAUAUAUAUAUUACACACACACACACGUGUAUAUAAUUUUCUGUGCUUCUUAGUCUCCCUGUUAGGGAGGCUGUCAUUGCCUUCAUCUUAAGGACAUGUGCGUGUGGUCAUUAACUUUUUAUUUUCACACAAAGUGCACUGUAAUCUGUUGUGUUUUCAUGGUUAGUAUCUUUUGAUUUGUUUGUCAACUGUUUAUUUGAUUUGAUCACGUUAUCAGUUUAUUUACCGCCUGACUUUGUUUUGGCAUGUACAUUUUGCAUCAGCUGAUGUUUUUUUAUUUUGUAACUUUAUUUUAAAGAUUUGAAUAUGAAAAGGGUCAGAUCACUAGCUCUAAAGUCGACCUACACCCUUUGUCCAUGGGUUACCACAAUGUUCUGAUCGAAGCUCAAUGAUAAGCAGUACAUGUCAUAAACCAGCGAUUUAAUCACCUUGGUGUGUGAUUACAGACCUUUUGUAUUGCUGGACACAUUAGCUCGUGCACAAAAUACUGUGUAAUGAUAUGAACAUAGUAUGUAUGUAUGUAUGCCAGUGAGUGUACUGGUUACUGUACCGGUUGUACACUGGUGACAUACUGUGUGUAAUGAUAUGAACAUAUGUAUGUGGGAACCUGACCUGAGGAUUUCUUUUGUAGCCCUGAUGUUCCUCUAGUUUUUAACAUUGAAAUGUAUAUCUGCAGCUGGCUAAAGAGGGAGACAGAGGUUGGAAUGUGGAGGGUUUUAGUACUGGAGAGGAAAUUGUGACAAAAACGAAUCCAUUUGUUAUCACUUUCCUGUGGAGCUCACUGUGCUUUGCUUUGGUUUAUGUCUCCUCUAACUCUCUCUUCUCUCCUCAUUCCUCUCUUUUCAGAGGUCAUAUUACAACCUGUACUCAUUUUUCUGAAUUUGUAAAGAUUUCUAUCAUUUUGAAUUGUGACUGCGGCUUGAGUCUUAAUGUGGUUGACAGCGGGGCGCCUGCUGCUGUAGCACCCCUGCUAACGCAGUGGAUGGACAUAAACUCGAUUUCUGUUCCCCUCAUUUCCUCUCAUCUGCGUUAUCUGCUUCUACAGCUGGGUUACUACUGCUCUGUGGCUGUUGUAAUAAAAAACAAGACCUUCUACAGGACAAUAAAAUACUAUGAUGUGAAAUCAUUUCAAUCAAAAUAAACUGUCUGUGAAUA